AUGAGAUGGCCGGGCAGAGUUGUGCAUUACUACUUUGACGAUACCAAAUUCGGUGAGUCUCGUUUCCGUUGUGCUUUUUUUCCAACUCCCGGGUUUCCAGACCCUUCCCUGAAAGAAUCGGUGCUUCGUGGAAUGAAAAAGAUAUCGGAGAACACGUGCAUCACAUUCUCAACUGAGCCUGCCGAGAUGAUAAUCCGAAUGGUGACCGCUGAUAUAUCCAACUGCUACGCGGCCAUCGGAAGAGUGCAGCAGAACCAGCAGUUCGUCUACUCCCAAUCGUGCUUCUCUUCCGGAACGGCAAUGCAUGAACUCAUUCACGCCAUCGGAUUCCUUCACGCUCAUCAAAGAUUGGACCGAGAUGAGUACCUGAAUAUUGAGGAAUUCGACGACCCAGAAGGGCAGUACUUGGUCUACAAAAACCAGAAGUUGAUUGUUCCGUACGACUACGGUAGCAUCAUGCAAUACUCACCAACUGAGUAAGCAUUAUUAUACCAGUCCCUUUCAUUCGGUAUAUGUUCCAGCAAUCAAAUGAGUCCAAAGAAUGACGACUACUUUUACACGAUGGGAUCCCAAAUACCGUCGUUUUAUGACUAUCUGAUGAUCAACACUUACUACCAGUGUUCUUGUGAACAGAGCAAUCUCACGUGUCUCAAUCAAGGCUAUCCUAAUCCUGCGAACUGUUCCCAAUGCAAUUGUCCCUAUGGAUUUGGAGGCGCCGAUUGCAGUCAACGGGCGGAACCGGGAAUCACGUUGGAAUCUUCGGCCGAUUGGAAAACCUACAUCUUUAGUUUGGACUCUCGCUCGGCCAAGAGUUCCGACGGAGACGAACAUUGGCAAAUUGACUUUAUGUAUUACUAUCUCUGGAUUACGGUAACUGCAACUAUUAUUUUUUGAAAACUGAUGAAUUUCAGUCGCCUGCCAACAAGACGGUCGAAGUCAAAUUUCCACGUCGGGAAGGAACGGAGUGUGAAGACGGCUGUAAGUACGGAGGAAUCGAAGUGAAAACGGACGAAGAUCCACGUAUGACGAGCCCCCGAAAGUGCUGCCACCGAGGCAUGAAACUGUUCAAAUCGAGGAACAAUCCGACUGUUGUGAUGGCUUUCAAUUCUAAAGGAAUCGACGAAUAUACUGUAGCCUAUCGGUACACUGAUUAA